GUGAUAGCAUCUGGACCGACCAAGGCCAACCCCACGAUAACGUUGAGACAUCUGAGCCAAGACGCAGUGACUGUGGACUCAGCGCAGACUAUAGCUGUCUGGGAUGCUGACCCUUCAGCUCAAUUAAGGAGCCUUCACUGUUUCGCAGACUCGCGAACGAUAACUCUAGUACUCGCCAACGGAGACAUCAUUACUGUUCGCCAGGAACCUCUACCUGGCGAGGAACAGAUAGAGAUUGUCGGGUCCGUUGACGCUGGCAUUUUGGUGGCGUCAUGGAGUCCGGACGACGAGUUACUUGCCAUUGCCACCAAUGCGGGGACGUUGCUCGUCAUGACAAGAGACUUUGAGCUGACCGCUAAUGUAACACUUGCAGCGGACGACGUCGAGGUAUCCGAUCAUGUCUCUGUGGGUUGGGGUAAGAAGGAGACCCAGUUCAAAGGUCGUGGCGCAGCGAAGACAUUGCGUGAUCCAACUAUGCCGGAGCAUGUCGAUGAAGGCAAGCUUAGCCCGCUCGACGACGGUCGUGUAGCGCUUUCCUGGAGAGGUGACGGACAGUAUUUUGCCAUGAACUCAAUACUCGAAGGCGCGAGCCGCAGGCGUCUUGUAAGGGUCUAUAGCCGCGAAGGGGUGCUCGAAAGUGUAUCAGAGCCCGUAGAUGGGUUGGAGGGUGCACUUAGCUGGAAGCCCAGUGGACAAGUACUAGCGGGCAUACAGCGACUCGACGACCGUCUAAAGGUAGUCUUUUUCGAACGCAACGGUCUCCGUCAUGGAGAGUUCGAUCUCCGCCUUAGCAAGGAGGAAGCAGAGGUACUGAGGAGCAGCGUUACGCUGAGCUGGAACAGUGACUCUUCGGUGCUUGCGGUGAAUCUGAUCGACAGAAUUCAGCUUUGGACCGUGGGCAACUACCAUUGGUACUUGAAGCAAGAGGUCCGCUUCGCGCUAAAUGAGCACGGUGAUAUGACGCAUCUGGGUAUGAAGUGGCAUCCAGAGAAAGCUUUGGAUUUGGCAUGUUACAACAACACAGACGUCAGGCUCAUUAGCUGUUCAUUUGCUAUCGCGCGUGGCUCUGUAACACCGCCCAAUGAUCAUGGGCUUGUGGCGGUGAUUGAUGGGAAACGGCUAAAGAUCACGCCUCUACGAUAUGCGAACGUGCCACCGCCGAUGGCAUUCGACGAGCUUGAGCUUCAUGAACCAGCCGCAGAGGUGUCGUUCGACAGUACCGGAACGACAAUCAUUGUCCGUCAUGGCAACGGAGAAGUCUCGGAAUGGUCUUGCGAUUAUAGUCGUAAACCUGUCAAGAAGGCUACACUGCUGCGCCGGAAUCACGAUUCGACGAAUUCGCAUUCUUCGAGUAACACUGACCGGUUACUCACCGGCGAGCGGGUUAUGCUAUCUGAGAACGGACUCCUUAGUAUCAGUGGCUCGAACAAUCUCCGCAUACCCGGCUGCACCUCGUACCUUGUGACAGAUACCCACCUUAUCUUCACCACCAGCAACCAUUUGGUGAAAUUCGUUCAUGUUCGGCGUGAUGGCAGCCUCGAAGUCCCACCUGACGAGCCGGAGAAGGACGAGCGGUGUCGCAGCAUCGAGCGAGGAGCGAAGAUUGUUACGGUAAUGCCCAGUACGUCCUCACUGGUGCUACAGAUGCCGCGUGGAAACCUCGAGACAGUCUAUCCUAGAGCACUUAUACUCUCAGCUGUUAGGGCGUGUAUCAAGAACAGGGACUACAAGAAGGCAUUCAUGACCUGCAGGACGCAUCGUGUAGACAUGAACAUCCUCCACGAUCAUGCGCCAGCUCAGUUCAUGGCACACGUGCCUCUGUUCCUGAAGCAGAUCAGGAAACCCGAGUACAUCGAUCUGUUCCUAAGCUCCUUGUCAGCCGAGGACGUUGCGGAGACGAUAUAUAAGGAGACACUGAAAUCUGAACCGGAGCAGACGGUUUUAAAUGGUGACGCGGCGAACAGCAUGGAAAUGCAUGCCUUCCUAAGAGCACAUUCGAAAGUGAACAAUAUUUGCGAAGCUUUCCUGCACGAAUUUAGAAAGCAAACAUCUCCGUCACUGCAGAACAUCGUCACCGCUUAUGUCUGCAAAAGUCCGCCAGAUCUGGAAGCUGGGCUGGCUCUUGUUUCAGAUUUGCGUACCCAAGGUACUCAAGAAGAGGUGGAGGCUGCCGUGGAACACAUCUGCUUCUUAGCAGACGUCAAUCAGCUGUACGAUACCGCCCUCGGACUGUAUGACCUUGAUGUUGCUUUACUUGUAGCUCAACAGUCCCAGAAAGACCCGCGAGAGUAUCUGCCAUACCUGCAAAGCUUGCGCGACAUGUCGCCGUUGCGGCAGCGAUUGGCCAUCGACAACGACCUCAAGAGAUACUUGAAAGCGUUGUCGCACCUAUAUGCGGCCGAUGCGUUUGACGAGCUCAAGGUCUACAUGGUCAAGCAUGAGCUGUACGGAGCAGCAAUUGAGUUGUACCGGUAUGAUGUUAGCAAAGUGGCUGAGCUUAUGCGUUUGUACGGCGACUCCAUGAGCGCUCGCAACCGCUUUAAGGAAGCUGGCAUUGCGUACGAGUUCGUGCACGACUAUGCUUCUGCGUACCAAGCGUAUCGUUCGUCAAGCUUAUGGCAGGAAUGCCUUGCCGCAGCGGCGUUGGUGCCGGUGAGCGAAGAGGAGCUGGCUACCCUAGCAAGAGAUCUAUCAGCAAGCCUUGAGGAGGCAAAAAACUUCAAAGCUGCAGCUACGGUACAUCUUGACUAUUUGGAUGAUGUCGACUCUGCGGUCAGAUUUCUGUGCAAGGCAUUCCAAUUCCCCGAAGCAAUUAGGUUGGUGGCACAUCGUCGUCGAUCGGAGCUCUUACGGUCUUCAAUAGAUCCAGGUCUUGUCGAAGUCUCUGCAAGCGUGACCGAGAUGUUGGCUGAAAUGAGGACGCAGCUUGCUGCGCAAGUGCCUCGCAUACGCGAUUUGCGGCAGAAGAAGGCUGAAGACCCUAUAGCCUUUAUUGACGGUGCUGACGGUGGCGAUGAGGACAUCCCAGAUAACCUCUCUCUUGCUCCAACCGAUGCCUCGACCACAGGAACUUUCAUGACUCGGUACACUAACCGGAGCACUGGCACACUUGCCACAAACGCCACGAGGAAGACUUCAAAGAACCGGCGAAGAGAGGAGCGUAAGCGGGCCAGAGGUAAGAAGGGGACCGUAUAUGAAGAGGAGUAUCUUGUAAACUCCAUAAUGCGGCUUGUAGAGCGACUCAACUCGACUGUGGAAGACGUCCAAAGGCUUGUAGAGGGCCUGAUGCGGCGAGCCAUGCGAGAGCGUGCCGUCGCGGUCGAGACGGCCAUGCAAGAGGCUUUGGAGGUAUGUAAGAAGAGCCUGGACGAGGUGUUCCCAUCCGAAGAGCGUAAGAAGGACGAGAUGAUCGAGCAGGCCGUGAAUGGAGAGGACCAGAGUCGUCCGUGGGGAGGGCAGGGUAUCCUUUGGGAUGCGCUCAAUGCAUCCGGACACAGUCACGAGCGCCCACUGCUCAAGGCCAUGGAACGCCUGUGCUUA